AAUGAUUUUUCCAUCAACAGGACAAAAUUGCCCAAGGGAUAUGCGGUAAACCCCAAUACAUGGCCCCGGAAAUGUUGCGAGGCAUAGGAUACAGCUUUGAAGUCGACUGGUGGAGUGUUGGCGUAAUCGCAUACGAGAUGUUGGUAGGCCGCUGGCCCUUUGAAAUCCAUGGCAGUGACACCGAUGAAAUGGUGCUCAAUAAAAUCCUACAGAACAUCGUACGCUUUCCCAUAAGCUUGUCGCCAGAUGCGGAAGACCUUGUCCGGAAACUCCUGCAAACGAACCCAUCUCAGAGACUUGGCAAACAGUACACCAGGGAUCAUCAAUUUUUGAUUUGAGGAUUCACAUGAAGUAGAGAUAAGUUACAAAUAAAACGAAAACAUACAAAAUAAA